AUGGCUUCUCCAUCGGGGAGGCAGUGUAAUUGUCUUCUGGAGGAGGUUAUGCGAAUGGGUAACCGUGAUAGCUCAUAUGAUCAUAUGUUUGCUAACGACGACACGCGCGGAUUGUGUCUUGAGUGGUGGCUUCUUAAACGACACGACACGACACCCAGACUGGACAUGGCGGUUGUGCACUCAUGCACGUUUUUAUUAACUGAUUAUAGAAACCCGGCAUUUGUUCUAGCUUGGAUUCUCCGAGUGAUACAACGUGACCCUACACCGCAUCAGUCCUUGGUCAGAGUUCUUGAACACGACAGUGGAAUGGUUGCGCCAUGGGCGUCCGAGGAACAUGCUGUUGUCCGUGGCAUUCUCGACGGUGAUGAGCUUGGCAUUGUCAAAUACGUAGGCACCAAAGUAAGAAGAGUUCUCACGGCCUUGGGCUGUGAUAUAGCCAGCGCGCGAGGAGGCCAGGAUAGCGUCUUGGAAGUAUGCGAGACCGCGCAUGCCGAAGAUGUAGUCUACGGCGCCCUUGAUGUAGACGUUGCCAAAGAAGGCGGUGCCGUUUUGGGGCAUACUUGGAAGGAUGUUGCCUUUCUGCGACUUGAUGUUCUUGGUGUAGCCCUGGAAGACGGUUGGGCCUGGACGCCAGAGUACCACUUGCCCCUUGUAGGUUCCGGGGUAAAUGAAGAUUGUCUGCGAGGAGGUGUCAUUCGGGAGGGCCCAGACGGCGUCUUGCACCUAUACAUUGGGGGAACUGCUAUUGAUGUCGACUACAACAGAGCCCUUGGGGGGCUUUGUGAUGCCGGUUGCGACAGCCAGUGUUACUGGGAGCAGGAGCAGGAGGUUGAGGAUAUGCAUCGUGAUCGUGAUAUAGAACAGCUACGAACUAACGUUUCUGCGGUACGAUUUGGAUUGAGAUAUUUAAAGAUGCUCAAUUGGAUUGGCUGCAUCAUUUAUAUACUGCGAUUUCUCCAUAACUCCGAACAUCAGCAUUGCAAGGUCUGGAGAAAGAACCACAUCCAUAAUCCCUGGAAGGAAAAACUCACAGCAAUCAAAAACCAAUCUUUCCAAGCCUCUAGGGUUUAUAUUGCAAUUGCAUUGUAUUCGCGUACAGCAUAUGCCCCCCACCCCGGAAAAAUGACGUUUGGAUGGAUGGAGAUGGCCGUUAACUCUGAAUCGAUACCCACCUUUUCGUCGCAUGUAGCUGCUAGCUCAAGAAUCAGAAGCAGUACCUGA